ACAGUCUCGGCUCCUGGAGGGCCGGGGCUGGUCGAGGUCGCGCGCCAGUGCGGGGCGUGGCGGUAACAGUGGUCUCUACAGAGGUUCCGAGGGAAGGCUAGAAAAUGGCCUCGGGACAUGCGCUACAGCGGCCGUUAAGAGACGCAAAACCAACGCUUUGGAACCUGGAGCCCGGAGAGGAACAGGGCAGGGCGCGGAGCCCGCGAGCGCCACCUACCCUGAAGAUUAGGGAGUACCGCGGAAGAGCCGGCGGCGCAGGUGUGGGCGGUGCAGGUGUGGCUCCGGCGGGCAACGCCCCGCGGCGAGGCGUGCUAGCGGAGGCUCGGGGGCGGGGCCCGAAGUUAAAUAAAUACAGUGGCGGCGCGGCGGACCCACGCUGUUUUCUGCGCUUUGCUUUGCUGCGGUGGUCGAACUCCUUACGCGGAGAAGAGUUAUUGCUGAUUCAUAGAACUUGAAGGAGAAAUCUGCUUUUUGUCUCAACGAAACUUCAAACUUGGAAACAAAAUGGAAAAAAACAGCAUGGAAGAGUUUCAGCGCAGCACUGUUCCACGCAAGAACGUGAUCGAGUUCAGACCUCCAUUAUACAAACAAAGAUACUUCUUUGUUAAAGAUAUAGUCAAUCAAUAUAAACCAAAGAAGGUUGCAGACUUGGGGUGUGGUAACGCCACACUCUUAUGCAUGCUGAAAUUCCAUAGUUGUGUUCAAGAACUUGUUGGAGUAGAUCUCCUCAUGGAUCAUCUGUUAGAUUGGAACAGUGAUAAGUUGUCUCCAUCAAUAGGGGAUCAUUUAGGUCCUAGGGACCUAGAUUUGAGUAUUGUCUUGUAUCGUGGCUCUGCUGUAGAGAAAGACUCCCGCUUGCUUGGAUUUGACUUGAUAACAUGUAUUGAAUUAAUAGAACAUUUGGAUUCAGAAGAUCUGGCCAAGUUUCCCGAAGUUGUAUUUGGGUACUUUUCUCCAGGCAUGGUUGUCAUCAGCACACCAAACUCAGAUUUCAAUCCCCUGUUUCCAGCAUCAACCUUUAGAAAUUCAGAUCACAAGUUUGAGUGGAACCAAACGCAGUUUCAACACUGGGCUUCAAAUGUGGCAAAACUCUAUAGUUACACUGUAGAGUUUACUGGUGUGGGUGCUCCACCACCAUGGGCUAAGCAUGUUGGAUACUGUACCCAGAUAGGGAUCUUCAAGAAAAAGCAACCGGAUCCUGGCAGCUGGAUCCUGGCAAAACCAACUGGAUCCCGCGUUUCAGAGCCAGAGGAACAUGCUUAUCAAGUUGUUUUUACAGCCUCAUUCCCGAGUUUACAGCAAAAACACUUCCUCCUGUUUGUAUUGUGUACGGAGGUGUUAAAAGAAGUCGAAGCCAUAAGACAGAAGUAUGUCUGGAUUAUGAAGAGAAAGGAAUCCAGUGAACCCGAGUCAGAAGAAGACACUGACAGUGGCUUGGUCAGACGGCCCGGAUUAUUCCUCACCGAUGCCCAAGUAGCCCAAAUAGAGAAGUCCCCCAAACCCUACUCUGUGGGAAAGAGGUUUUAUGUACCCCUGAAAAGACUUAUUGGUUAUCCGAAGGUGAACCGCUUGGUUGCUGAUGUGUCCACGCUGAGAACACUCCUUGCUGAAGGAAUUCCAAUGCGACUGAACAGAGCUCAUACUUCAGUGCAGAUCGACUUGGACCCUUACGAUUACCCUCACGAUUACCGUUAGUGAGCGGGAGCUAUCUUUAUGUCCUAAAAUUCAUGAUUUUAAGGAUAGUUAGGCUCAUUUAGAAAAUUACAGUCAUAACAUAGGUAGCUUAAUUUUGAUAUUAACCUUGUUACGUGUUUUUUUUAAAUGCUUUUUCGUGUGGAUGGUGUAAGUUCACAGUGUGCGUGUUCAGGUUUUUUUGUUAGACCCAUGUUGAUGUGACAUUAAAAUUUUUAAAAAUAAA